GUGUGUUAGUUGGAUUCUAUUGCUGUAGCUUUUCCUUCUUAACAAAGGAAAUACAGAAAUCAUAGUAGUCAGGAGCAAGAACUUGAUUAGUUGGAUUCUUUCUGAGAGAGAGAGAAUGGGAGUGCCAUCAUUCUUCUGGUGGUUGAUAAAUAAGUAUCCAAAGAUAUUGAUGAAAGCAUGGGAAGAGAAAGGAGGAGAAGAUGGUGUUGUUGAUACCACUCAGCCCAAUCCAAAUGGAAUAGAAUUUGAUAACUUUUAUCUCGAGAUGAACUGCAUCAUCUAUAACUGCUACCGUCGCAAUUAUCAGUCAUCUCCUCCUAAAACAAUUGAUGAGGUUUUCAAUAGCAUUUUUGAAGAGAUAGAUCGUCUCUUUCGCAUAGUGAGACCAAGGACGCUAUUGUACAUGUCCAUUGACGGAGUAGCAACAAUAGCCAAAAUGAUGAAGCAAAGAUGUGGGAGCUUCUUAUCUGAAAAACUAGAUGAAAUGAUUAAGGAAGCUGAGGAGGAUCUUCCAAAAAUUCCGUGCGAGGUUUUGGAAUCUAUUUUUAUUGCACCAGGAACUGAAUUCAUGGAUAGAGUGUCGAAGGCGCUUAAAUGCUACAUUCGUUCGAGACUAAACAAUGACCCGGGUUGGAAAGACAUCAAGGUUUUAUUGUCUGAUGCAAAUGUUCCUGGUGAGGGAGAGCAUAAGAUUAUGUCAUUCAUACGGCUACAACGGAAUCGUGAUGGAUACAAUCCGAAUACUCGUCACUGUGUGUAUGGCUUGGACGCAGAUCUUAUAAUUUUGGCUUUAGCCACACAUGAAGUUCAUUUCUCUAUAUUGAGGGAGGAUGCAGCUGCCAGGGAGCAGGAAGCAAGCUUAAUAUUGUCCCCAGAAACAUCUCUUCCAAAGAAGAAUGUAUAUUCUAUAAGAUCAAGAGAGUGGUUUAUUAAUUUUCGUCAGUCCAAAGACAAUGCUUCGUUAGCUAAGACACCGUAUCGGUUCUUGAAUAUUUGGACAUUACGAGAAUAUUUGGAACUCGACAUGACAAUUGCUGAACCUCCCAAAGAUUUCUUGAUAAACUUCGAGCGAAUCAUAGACGAUUUCAUAUUCCUGUCAUUCUUCUUGGGAAAUGAUUUUUUGCCUGAGCUUGCUUUGUUGGGAACUCAUGAGGGCGCUAUGGAUUUGCUAAUGGCUGUUUACAAACAGGAGUUCAAAAGCAUGGGUGGAUAUCUCAUCGAUACAUGCCGAUUGCAAGAUGAGAAUGCUGCCUAUAUAAAUUUUAAAAGACUUGAACAGCUUAUCCUUGCUGUUGGUUCUUAUGAAGAUAAAAUUUUCAAGAAAAGAUCAGAGAUACAGAAGCGUAAGUUCGAUCGGAUCCUGCGUGAGAGACUUGAAGCCAUGGGUGAAGAAGAUUUGGAUAAUGUGGAAGAAGACUCAAAACACCAACCAAAUGCCCGUUCAGUGGAGUUUAAUGGUCUUUCAAGUUUCAGAUGUUCAAUAACUGAUUUUUAUAACAAUACCAAGGAAUUCAUACAAAAGUUAAAGGAAUUGCAUCAACAGAAAUCAGAUAAGGUCAAUCAUGGUUCUGAAGGUUGGAAAGCUCAAUAUUAUAAGGAGAAAUUUUCUGUAGAAAAGCCUGAUGAAAUUGAAAGCAAACGGGAAGAAAUCGUUCAAAAAUAUGUGGAAGGCCUAUGUUGGGUACUACACUGUUAUUUUGAAGGAGUGUGCUCAUGGAGCUGGUCUUACAAUCAUCAUUUUGGUCCAUUUGCUUCCGAUUUCAAGGGCCUUGAUGGAUCACAGAUAAACUUUCAGCUGGGAACUCCAUUAAAACCGUUAGCUCAGCUUAUGGCCAUCCUUUCACCAAGAUGUGCCCAUGCAGUUCCAGAAGCAUACAGGUCUCUAAUGACUUGUUCGGAAUCAAAUAUCAUAGAUUUUUACCCCACUGAUUUCGAAGUUGACACGGAUGGAGCGCGGGUUAUGUCACUGCUGAAAUUUAUUGAUGUAAAACGCCUUCUUCCAGAGAUUGAGAAACUAGAAAACAAACUAAAAGAUGAAGAAGUUCGAAGGAAUACUGUGGCACAUGAAAUGAUUUUUGUUCGGGCCAGUCAUGAUUUAGGAUUGCAAGUUUCUCCUCUUUGUUGUCGAUGUGUGCGUGAAUCAGGGCAUGAGCAGAUCGUAAACAAAAUGAUCAUUGACAGUGAGAAAAGCGGUGGCUUGAAUGGUUUUCUUAUGAGAUGCGAUGAGCAAUCAUGCAUGGAUGAUAGCAGCUCUCUUGUGAAGGGGAUGGAAUACAGUAUGAAGAAUGAUGUUCUAUGUGCACUGUUCGAGAACCCACUGUUUGAUAAUCAUAUUCCUGAGCUACCUAAAAAUGUUACAAUGCCUGAAAAGACAAUCACUGAAGCAGAUAUAAAACAAAGAACACUUUGGCAUGAAUAUAAUGGUGGUCAAUCGAGGAAAAAUAGAUUGCAAAAUCAGCAAAGGUAUGUGAUGGAAACAGUAAACAUUGGAAAACCCAGUUCAUCUGACCCAUCAUCGGAUCGAGAGACAUGGAAAGUGGCAGGGUCAGGUAGGGAUGACAGGAGAGGUAUAGGGUCUUUGGAAAAUUCGAAUUUCGGUUGGAGUUCAGAGACUUCUGGGGGAAUUGAAGAGAGAAAUGGUGGUUUUGGGCAACCUAGAAAUGCUAUGUGCACCCACAGGAGUGGAAGCCGGCAGCAGGAUACUCCACCUGACAUUGAUUUGCAUGGUCAAGUCCGAGGCAGAGGAAAUGGGUCUUUUGAAGAACAGAGUUUCAGUCAGACUUCGGUGCCCAUUAGAGGAAUUCAGGUUAGAAAUGGUGGUUUCAACGAAUCAGGAAAUGGCUCGAGGGCCGACAGGAGUGAUAACUGGAGAUCCACUUCUCAGCUUCCGGCAUCACCAACUUAUCGGGGUCGAGGAAGAGGCUGUUCUGAGCCAUCUUCUUCAAGCCGAAGAUGGUAGUUAUGACAGUUAUUUUCUAUGGGGACCUUGGAUAGGGUGUUUUGCAUUUUGUUUUGAGGGUGUGUUUGGCACCCUAUUUCAUGAAAUAUGAAAAUUUGCACUAAAUUGGAUUGAUAAAGACUGAUAAAUCACGAAAUAUAUUGAUAUUUGGUACAACCAAACACGCCCUUCGUGGCUCUGUUUUGGGUGA